ACUCCCGUCUUUGACAGGGAAGAUAAAAGGGACAUGAACACAGACCGUUAACGACACAGCUACUUAGUCGGCUAAUUAACUACCUCAUAGUUGGACAUUGUCCACACAAAUCAUAGACGUUAGAAGGUUUUAUUUAAUCAUAAACCGUGGCAUGUAUGUAGUGAGUUAGUCGUUAAAAUGGCGUUCAAUGGCUACAAACGCGAGGAUGAAAAUAUCGGGGAAGACGAAACGCCCACGAAGCAGCCGCGGUCCGACAUGGAGAUGCACGGUGGUUUCACACACGAUCCCGACAAUGAGGCAGCCUCGUCCGCGGGAAGAGACACAUCCGACCGGCGGACCUCCAACGCGACGGCGAGGCAUCGGAGCGACUCGGUGAAAAAAACAAGGCCGCCGUUUCCCUGGUUUGGAAUGGACAUUGGAGGGACUCUAGUGAAGCUGGUGUACUUUGAGCCCAAAGACAUCACAGCAGAGGAGGAGCAGGAGGAGGUGGAGAACCUGAAGAGCAUCCGCCACUACCUAACCUCAAACACCGCUUAUGGGAAAACGGGCAUCAGGGACGUGCACCUGGAGCUGCAGGACCUGACGCUGUGCGGCAGGACGGGCAACUUGCACUUCAUCCGCUUCCCCACGCACGACCUGCCGGCCUUCCUGCAGAUGGGCCGCAACAAGCACUUCUCCAGCCUCCACACCACCCUCUGCGCCACGGGAGGUGGGGCGUACAAGUUUGAGUCUGACUUCCGCACGAUGGCGGACCUGCAGCUCCACAAGCUGGAUGAGCUGGACUGUUUGGUUCGGGGGGUGUUGUACAUCGACUCGGUGGUGUCCAGCGGACCAUCGGAGUGCUACUACUUUGAAAACCCCACAGACCCAGAUCGCUGCAUCCAGAGGCCCUACACCCUGGAGAACCCCUACCCUCUGCUGCUGGUCAACAUAGGGUCCGGCGUCAGCAUCCUGGCCGUGUACUCAGAGACCAACUACAAACGAGUUACAGGGACCAGCCUCGGUGGUGGGACCUUCCUGGGCCUGUGUUGCCUGCUGACUGGCUGCUCUACUUUCGAGGAAGCUCUAGAAAUGGCUUCUCAAGGGGAGAGCACCCGAGUGGACAAGCUGGUUCGGGACAUCUAUGGAGGAGACUAUGAGAGGUUUGGGCUGCCAGGUUGGGCUGUAGCCUCAAGUUUUGGCCACAUGAUGUCCAAAGAGAAGAGGGAGUCGGUGUCCAAAGAAGACCUGGCCAGAGCAACGCUGGUCACCAUCACCAACAACAUCGGCUCCAUCACCAGGAUGUGCGCCCUCAAUGAGAACAUCGAGAGAGUGGUGUUUGUGGGUAACUUCCUGAGAGUGAACACCCUGUCAAUGAAGCUGCUGGCCUACGCUAUGGACUACUGGUCUAAAGGACAGCUGAAGGCCCUCUUCCUUCAGCAUGAGGGCUACUUCGGAGCAGUUGGAGCUCUGUUAGAGCUUCUGCAUCCGUCCUAAUCCGUCCACUCUGCAUCUAAAGAAGCACUCGUCGAUCUGCUGCAAAAUCCUUUAGCACUUUAGACUGGCCAGAAUUAAUUCCGUAAUGGGAUGCUGUGUCAGCCACCAGCCAGUUACUGACAUAUUAUUUGCGGCAGGACUACUGUCAAACGUUUAGAGCUCCUGUAAUGUUCUCAGCAAUCAGCUAGUUGGUAAAAGUGUGAAGGUGGAGUCUUAAUUGGGGUUGACACGCUGCUGUGGUCAGCGGACGGAAGUGCUUCCCGCCCGGACCAAAGUCGUACGCAGCCAAGUCUUUAAACAAGUCAGGUUCGGUCUGAAAUCCACCACGUUCUCCUCAAACACUUAGAAAGUACGUCCACAAAGUCUUAAGAACGAGGAUGUUCUCCCUACCGAGUCACAGACCAAACUCUUUAUUAGUUAAUAAUAUGGUUGCCAGAACUCAAAGUUAAUCCCAGGAAAUAUUUCCCCAUUAUUUGUCAUUGUUUAUUUCCUGAAUAGGUUGCUCAUUAAUUGUUGUCUAUUUAUUAGACAAUAGCUAAACAGACUUUAGUGUUUAGAGCCAAAGAUGUUUACAAUGUUGCAGAUUAUUAAUUAAUUAAUUAUUAAUUAUUUGCGCUUUACAUUCUUGAAUACAGCGUAUCAACACUGGUUUAUCUGGUCAGAGUCAUGGUUCGUUAAGUUAAGACUUCAGACUAUUUAAACUAAAGUAAAAUGUCGUGAUAUUCCUCCCAUCCAUCUGAAGCUCUUUGUAAGCUAAAGCAAAACACUGAGACAUCCGCCGUUACCUUCUAUAGAAUGUGUACUGCUUAUUUAAUCUUACCAAUUGACAUGUUAAUGUGUGAAAUGUUCAUGAACUUUAAUUGUUUACUUCAUUUUUAUAACCGCUUUGGUAUCAGAAAUUCUAGACAAUCAGUUUUGGGGUUAUUAACAAUAGGCUGUAAAGCUCAAGUGAAACAUUUAAGUCCCUUUCCAGCCUCUGCCCUGCUGAAGUGCCCUUGAGCCACUGCAACCCCGUCCUUGUGGAGGGAAAUCGGAGCAUGUGAAACGACAGAUUGUGAAUUUGAGGGCAUUAUAUGAAAAAUAUGAGUUAUCCCCAUGUUUUUUUAAAUCAGCUUCAGCUCCUGAUCCCAAAGCGUCUUUGUCUUGUUCAGCAUGUUUGUACUUAAACGUUUUGAAUUCACUGUCAAGCUUCCUAAACUUUGUUUCCUUUAGGAAGGUGGAACUGGAAGCAUGUUAAACCGUGACACGCUGUUAUCGGAGUUGUCAUUUGUCCCAUCGUUUCAUCUAAUGCUCAUCCGUCCCAAUUUAAUGUUUGCUUUUUUCAUCCAUCGUCUCCAUCGAUGGAUCACACGGAUCCUAAUGAACUCUUAAAUACCUAAAAGAGAUUUCACUCACAAAUAAGUUGCACAGUUGCUGUCAGUUACUUGAUGAAAAGCAUCAGAAUGUUCUAUAUACAGUACGUUGAUUUUAGAAAAAAGUGCCUGUCAUAUUUUUGUAUGAAAUACAAUAAUGUGCUCAGUUGAAAAUAAUUUUUUUUUUGUAAUAGUCAAAAUUCAUUACUGCAUUGUUCCUAUUAAAAACACAUUUUCAUAUGUUUGUGACA